UAGGGCUCAAAUGAGAAACACAAUUUAUUCAUUCAACCAUUUUUGUUAAAGCUCUGAUAAAAUUUGUAUUUGUUGCUUUAUAGUUAAUCUCUCUGCCGCAAAAAGGAGAGCGAAGGAGGCAAAAGACGCUCUCCAUCUCUCAUUGUCGGUUCCUAUUUCCAUCGGAAACCCGAUCGAAGUUUCUCUCCGGUGGAGCAAAAUGAUGAGGCUGCGAACCUAUGCUGGUUUCAGUUUAAUGGCAACGCUAGCCGUUAUUUAUUAUGCAUUCAACAGUAGAGGCCAAUUUUAUCCUGCUAUGGUUUAUUUAUCAACCUCUAAGAUAAGCUUGGUGCUGCUUCUCAACAUGGGACUUGUCGUUAUGUGUAUCUUAUGGCAAUUAACAAAACGGGUAUUCCUUGGGUCUCUUCGUGAAGCUGAGAUUGAGCGGUUGAAUGAGCAAUCAUGGAGAGAGGUCAUGGAGAUCCUCUUUGCAAUCACUAUUUUUCGGCAGGACUACUCAAUUACAUUUCUGACAAUGGUCACGGCUUUGUUGUUAAUCAAGGCUUUACAUUGGCUGGCACAGAAGAGGGUUGAGUACACUGAGACAACCCCUUCUGUUCCCAUUUUGUCUCACAUUCGGAUAGUUUCUUUUCUGGGUUUCCUUCUUCUUCUAGAUUGUCUGUUUUUGUACAGUUCUAUCAAGUUUUUGCUCCAAACACAACAAGCUUCAGUUUCCCUCUUCUUUUCAUUUGAGUAUAUGAUACUGGCAACGACAACAGUGUCAACUUUUGUAAAAUAUGUUUUCUAUGUGAGUGACAUGCUUAUGGAAGGACAAUGGGAAAAAAAGGCUGUCUAUACCUUCUACUUGGAGCUCAUUCGGGACUUGCUUCACUUGUCUAUGUAUUUAUGCUUCUUUGUUGUGAUUUUCAUGAACUAUGGCAUUCCUCUGCACUUAAUACGGGAGCUUUAUGAGACCUUUAGAAAUUUCAAAAUUCGUAUUGCUGAUUACAUGCGUUAUAGGAAGAUCGCUUCAAAUAUGAAUGAUAGAUUCCCAGAUGCAACCCCUGAAGAGCUUAAUGCAAGCGAUGCAACCUGUAUCAUAUGCCGUGAAGAGAUGACCACAGCAAAGAAGUUAAUUUGUGGACAUCUUUUUCAUGUGCACUGCCUUCGUUCAUGGCUGGAGAGACAGCAAACCUGCCCUACAUGCAGAGCAUUGGUUGUACCUACUGAAAACGGAACAAGUUCAUCUGGAGGCCAACAUGGACCUCGGUCAGAAGCUCAUCAACAAGGAUCCAGCAGCAGUUCAGCUACACAAGGUCCUGGUGGUGGCAUGGCUACUGAUAAUUUGACCCAGCAUCAGACCAGGCUCCAGGCUGCUGCCACUGCAGCGUCAAUAUAUGAGAAAUCUUAUGUCUAUCCUUCUUCAAGCACACUAGUUUGGUCUCCUGGAUAUGCUGUACUUCCCAAGGCUUAUAGGCCAUUGGCUGACUCCACCAAGGUGGAAUCUAGUGGGGAAAAAACAUCCAUUGGACAACAACAGUUUGCCAUUCCUGGUGGACGUGCAAACUUGUCCUUUCCGCAAUUCCCACAUUGUGUUUUUGUCCCUUUCCAAUUAUCUGGUGCCAGUGGAAACUCAGUUAGUAAUCAGAAUAUUCCAGAUUCUCAGUUGGAAGCGCAGAGUAAGGUUAUCCAGCAGCAGAUUGAGGUGCUGCAACGUCAUCUCCAACUCCUGCAGAUGCAGAAGUCAAAAACUGAGGAAAGCAUGGACGUUGGUCUCACAGCUUCAUCAGAUAGAAAAGGAAAGACCAUUGCAUCUUCCUCUGUUUCGGAUGCCCAUAACGGAGAGACUGAAGACAGUACAUAGUUCUUGCACAACUGUAGUUUUUUUUUUUUUUUCCUUCACAUGAGAUGAGAACUAAUGAAUGAGUAUAAAGGGGAGAAAUAGUUAUCCAAAAAUAGUGGCAUUGCUUCCCAGACGACUGAUAUCAACAGGAGCAAUGUUGUAAUAAGUCCGGCUUACCAUCAUAGAGUUUCAUUUUUAUUUUUUAGUCUCUUCACAUUAAAGUGGCGAUUGCAGGCUUGGUCGUUAAAGAUAAGAUGUGAAUGUGUAGCAUUUGACUAACAGCUAGGAACAUUCUAUUUGUUUCAGCUAUGAUUGGAGCAUCAAUUAUAGAUCCUUUUUGGAUUUAAUUGCAUUAUUACAACCUUUUUUGCUUGCCUCGUGGUGAUAGUAAAAUUUUCUUGACAAGAACUCAAACUUGUAAGAACAAACUCACCUUCCUCGGUAUAAUAAUGUGCCCUGGCCUUCAGUAUGAGUAUUGCUUGGUAAAGCUUCAAGCACGAUUUCCUCCACUUAAGUAAGCAUAUGGUUUGAACUAUUGCUUCUUUCGUUUCAUAGUAACCCAACAUUCAAUAAUAUUAGAGGGUGUGUUUGGUGUAUAAAAUUAUGAUAAGAUAAAAUAGGAUAAGAUGGUAUUAUG